AUGUCCUUGUCUCCACUGUCCAUCAUUGGGAUCAUCAAUGUUAGCGAAGACGUUAGCGAAGACCUAUCGGAGCCAAUGGCCGACAUAACUCGUGCUUUCUUCAUCUGUUGCCAAGAAUAUUCUGCAACAGGCACACCACUAGGCGGAGAGACUACCACUGGAGUGCGGUUUCGAAAGGCGGAGAAAUCACCACUGGGGUUGUCACUCACUCCCCUAAACGAUAAUAUUUCCAUCCAUGCUAUAUUCAAGGAUCCGGUGAUUAUCCAAAAUAUCCUGGAUGAUCCGCGUAUUGGAGGGCUGAAGCUUGUCGUAUAUGUGGCGUUCUCGAUCAGAAUCGCAGUUUCGCAGUUUAGUGAUUCGCCAAUCUCCAGCCAUGUAUCCCUGCCGCAAAGCGUACGGGCUAUCAUCACAUCAAUUGUUGCGGAUGCGUCGGUGCCCUAG